GUCCAAAACCAGCGUGCAUUUGCUUCCCAGAUGGAGUCUCGGACCAAAACAGGGAAAGUUUACCUCCAACCACACAAAGCUGGAAAAGUAAGUACAGGAUUUAUUGAUCUUCCUCUAUAGUUUGAAUGAGCAGUGUUUAACAGCAGUGGUUAAAAACAGGGUUGAAUGAUAACUGACUUACACUGCUGUAAAUAAGUAACUAAAAAAGGCAGAUAACCAGAACAAUAACCUAUAAAACAAUAUGUAUUUUUAUAGGUAAAAAGAAUGUCUGUAUCUGUAUCUUCAAGACUCAACAGCUACCAAAGUACAUUAUAUAAGAGCAUGUGAAGAGAGUAAAAACUGUCAGGCUAUCUGUGUUGCUCAAAUGAAACUGCAGAGUGAGAAUCCAAAUGAACAAGUCGAAACACAGCGACACAUUCCUGUGCAGCUCUGACAGAAAGUUCGCUCUGUGAGGUUUUUACUGCAGCAGGCAGCUGAGUGAUAAUGUCGAUGUGAAUCUAGAAAAAAAACACCUGAAACUGGAAUAAAACUGUAAAAAAAACAAACAAAUCAGACUUCGAUUUAUGACUUAAAACAUGAAAUAUGUUGCCUGUGGUUUACUUGGAGUUAUGAUCUACUAACAGGCGAACAAAGUCGAGGAUAACUGUCAUAGAGGUGUGCUAUAAUUUGCCUUUGUUUACACUGGGACAUUCCUGAACCAUGAAAUGUUUGUGACUAAUAUUGACUCCCAGUUACAUGUGGAAGAAGAAAGGGUUUCUGUCAUUGUCAGAAAAAGUGGGUGAAGCCGUCGUGACGUCAUUCAUUUUUCCAGACACGUGAAAUGAUGGCGCUGUAGAGAAGCAGGGUUAGAGCUCAGUGCAAGGUAUCUGCUGAAGCCAUAGACUGAGAACAGCACCCUCUGGUGACGGGCUGCAGUAUAGGUCAUAAAUCCUGCCUCCUCCAGCAAUCCUUAUGGAGCUGUUGACAAACUUUAGAAAUUUAUUACACAGAAUAUAAAUUUUUCUUCCCCCUGGUUGGGAUGUUGACACGUAGUUAUUGUUGAGAUCCUUUCGCACCGGGACCGUAUUUGUCGUGCGAUUAUUCCGGACGUCAGUAUUUUUUUUAAACCCGUAUCCUGUCAAUACAAGCGUUCACAUCAGCAAUGUUUUCCCAUCCUGCCAUAUUGCGGCAUUUAUUUUUUCGGAUCACGGUCGAUUUUUCUAAAGUUUCGCAUACUGUGUGUCCACUUCUGACCAAUCAGAUUGCGUGUUGUUGCGACGUCUGAUUCACCGGUAUAUCCAACAUGGCCGACCGGCUGAUUGUUUAUGAUCGUUUACACAAACAUUACAAAGAUAACGACAUGAAGGACAACUUGUGGAGAGUCAUAGCGUCGGAUCUUUCAUAUGACGAUGGUUUGUGUGCUUUAACAGUUUGCUAAACGUCUUUGUUUUAACUUUCAUCUGUGCUAACGUGAGCUAACGGUUGUUACCAUAGUUUCAUGUGCUUAUCUUAUCGCCUCUGAUUGGCUAUAAGUGCUGACGUUUCCAGCUUUUCUAGCCAAUCAGAGGUGAAGGAGGCCGGACUUUCCCUGGGAAAAGUCUUCCCCAAGAUGUGUCUUUCACCCCUGGAAAGUCGCAAAAUCGCAUCGGGCUUGAUGUGUAUAGUAAAGCGUAUCAAAAUACACCUCUGAAUAUUUUGCGUUGUAUAUUUAGGACCUUAAGACCGGUUUGUGCUUAAGUCCUCUUUUUUCUGUGCAGCUCCAUUUUUCUGGCACAAUCUCUCUUAAAAACCUCCUCUUAGAUUUUUCCAAACAUUUUGUGUAAAGACGUGUUAUCGGCACGUAUCAAUGGGCAGAGUUUACAUUCUGGAUGUCUGUUUAUGUGUUGCGUUUACUAUCGUUGCCAUGGCUGCAUUUGAUGCACUUGCUUCCCAAAUGACUGUUGAGUUAUUUUACUCGAUAUUUGACAGCGUGCAUGAUCAGCUGUCAUCGGGGUUCUGAUUGUAAAUGUUGUCUUUGGCUCCUCUGCAGUUUAUGUUUGCAGUUAUCGGUGUUUAAAGCUAGAAUUACAAACAGAAUUAUAGAAUACAGUGUCUUUUUUGUAGACUGUGUUUGCCCUGAGCUAACAAACCUUUACUUUCCCGUUUUCAGAAAUGGAAGCCGGUGUGGUUGUCUCUGUUUCCUCACAGCAGCAGUGGCGUGGGUCGCCUGGAGAUACAGGAUAUGGCAGGUAUGUUCGUCUUUUCUUCUCGCGUCAACAUUUGCUCCUGAAGUGGAGGUUUUACUUUUUUCUCUAGACCGUAAUAAACAGGAUCAUAGGGUGACCGUAUGUCCUCUUUUACCCGGACAUGUCCUCUUUUUUUGGGUGCUGUCCAGCCUUGUCUGGGGGAGUUAAUAAAAUCCUUCAAAUGUCCGGGGUUUUGUAUGGAAGUUCUGAGUUUGUGUUGUGUGGACUUAGUGAGUUAGAAGUGAGUGAAAAACACUCGACCGGACCUGGAAAAAACUCUCAAGAUUUACGACACAUGACUCUGUGACUCCGCCCCCGCGUAGUCGUGUCCUCUUUCUCAGGAUUCAGAAUAUGGCCACCUUAGCUUUGUAUGGAGGUUUUCUUCACUGACUGAAACAUUUUUUUGUACUUUUGGUUUUGGCGGAUUUGCGCUCUGUAAGUUGUUGUAAUUUCUGCUUGAGAGAAAAGAGGGAUGUGCUUUAAAUUUUAGAUAAUAUCAGACUUCAUCCAAACAUUUUAGUGAGUUCAUCCUAAACGCUCAUCCUCCAUCUUCUUCAGAGGCUGUGGUCGAAAAGAGGCUUCAGAUCCCUUCUAACUUUCCCAAAUGUAAAUCCACGAUGUGGGUAGAGAUGAGUAACUCCUCCAUCAUGAUGACUCACAGAGAAACAGACCACAGGUGUAUGUUGAGUGUGUCAUACGCUUUAAUACAGUUACAGAGCAUGAGGGUGGGUUUGAAGGUUUGAAGGAUGUAGCAGAGCCCAGAAUUGGUGAUGGAGUUAUUUAGUUCAGCUGCAUGAUGGAGAACACGGAGGUUUUCCCUCUGCAUGUAUUAGAUACGGCAUGCCUAUUUAAUAAUUCAAGGAAACAUAAGAUGUAAUGGAUCAAAACUGUAAAACUGGUCCAAGAGAUCUGGUUCUCCAAUGUUUUUGAAUAAUAUAUCAAAUCUGAAGUACUUUUUUUUUGACCAGCACAUGACGUUGGUGACAGAGGGGGUCUUUACUGAGGGGAACCAUGCAGCGUUUUUCCAAAUAUGAAACAACAACCUCAUAAAACAUUCAAUGAACUGCACCGGCUCGAUGCAUUUCUAACUUUAAGAAAUCAGCACUAGGUUGAUAUUAGAGAUGAAAACAGUUGUAUCUGAAAAAGUGAAAGAUGCUCGGAGUUUAAAUAUGUUACAGAGAGAAAAAAAGACGUUUUCCACCGGUUCCUGUUGAUAGAAAUGUCGGGGCACGUUUUUGUUGUGUUAUUUGAAACCUGAAUAAAUUACAAGUCUGAUGCUUAUUAAACCCCUUUAUUACACAAUCUCCACGCUUUUAUUAAUAACCAUGGUUUGGUGACAUAAAUAACCUUUGAGUGAAUUAUAUUUGGUUUUCAGGAUUUCAGCUUCCUCCAAGAAAUAACAUUUCAUUCAGCAAAAGCAUAAAACAGAACGAUUAAAAGAUGUGAUUUUCUUUUUCUUUUUUUUUGUAAGUUAAACUCCUCCCUCAAAAGUUUUUUUAUUACAGUUUAUUUAUUUUUGUAGUAUGUUCAGACUCUUCAAGGUCUCUUUUUGUUCUUCAGCAAAUUCAAAGAGUAUAAAUUUGUCCCCAAAGAAAAGUAAAAUCCAAGAGACCUUUUUUGAAGGUUUAAGCAUAAAAUAUGAGCGAACAAAAACUCAGAAGUCACUGUUAAAUGAGCUGCUGGAGGUGAAUUUGAAGUAUUGUCGGGGGCGCCACAUUUCUCCAGAGUUGACUGAUGAUUAUGGGGUUGUAUGAAGUCCAGUGAGCGACAUUUGACAAGAAUUAAGACAAGUAUACACAGAUUUAAUACAGCAUAAUUCUAUAAAAUAUGUAUUUUUAUAAAACAACCUAUGAAAUCAAAUAAACAAGCAAAUACACAAAGUCUUCAUAACUCUGCAUAAAGACUCCAGAUAAGCUGAAGUCUGGUGUGUCACUGUUAAUUUGGGUGUUUUAGAUUUUGAUAAUAGCCUGGGUGUGUUUUUGUGUGCCUGGUCCCACAGGACGAGGUACACACUGAGACAGGGUGUUGACGAGGUCAGCAGGACCAAGGUUUAUUUGGACGCCCCCCCGACCGAGCGAGCUGACCUGAAAUGUUCUGAGUGAUCAACACGAUAACAGCUGUAGAGAGUCAGAAAAAAACACAAACAAAAAACGGAAAAUCACAAAAACCGUCAGAGUGCUGUUCACCUGAUCGGGAUUAUAACUUGCAUUAUCACCCAUUCGCUGUAUGUCAUCCAAACUUAAUAUUAUGUUGGACCAAAAUAUUUCAUAUUUCAUAGAAUAUUUCAUUAAUCAGAGCAUCUUUAUGUCUUCAUGAGGACAUUUUUGAGCAUCAAUAUGUUUGUCUCAAGUUCACUUCUGGGAUACCCUUUUGUUAAUAGAAAUAAAAAAAAUAAAAGACUGAUUACUCAUCAUAACAAUGGUUUUGAAUGCCAAAGCUUUACAUAUAUUUAAAAAAAAAGAAAAAUAAUGUUAAAUUAUUUUAUGUUUUUCCGUUCUUUUUAGGUAACACUUGACAAUAACCAUAAUUUUUAAAUGGCAAAUAGAUAGUUUAUUAAUGUAAGUUAAUAGUUACUUUAUUAUUAACAAGCAAUGAAAUUAGGAUCAAUAAUUUUCAUUUAUUAUUAAUGGGCUGUCUAUUAAAGGUUUAUAGAGGGUUUAAAUAUUGGUUGUAAAACAUCUGGAUAAAAAUGUGUGUCAGUAGCACUUUGUAAAUGAUUUAUAUUUGGUUUUUAAACCAUCUAUAAACAUCACUUAGAUGGUUAUCGCAAAUUUAGGGUUAAGGUUAGGGUUUUAAAAUUGUAAAAUUUACAAUGUAUUAAUGGUCUAUAUUCUAUUUAUAAAUGAGGAUUAAACAUUAAUUAACUAUCUGCUUACCAUUUAUAAGUUAUGGUUAUUGUAAAGUGUUGCCUCUUUUUCUUUUUCCUUUUUUUUUGAGCCUUAACUUAAGAUGAAGACAUCCUAAUGUUCCCCUCCAGUGUGUUAAACAUCCUUUGGUUUGGUUUAUAAUUGGUCCUCUUAUCGUUUGUUUUUAAUGUUUCAAAUGUUUUUUUAUACUUCUCAAAGAAAACUAUCGUGUGAUUUUCACUCUAAGACUGAAGCUGCCCUGUGUUAUUUCAUUGUCAACUUUUCAUUUCACUAAUUCACCUCUCCCUCAGCGAAAGGAGGAUUUUUGUUGGUAUUCGGUGAAUAAAGAUGGUUGGAUUGAUGUUGAACAGGGAGCUGACAGCUCAGCAGGAUAAACAGACUUUGAGGCGUUACACAAAUAAACAAAAGAGAAACAGCGGGAGGAGAAAAUGAGAGAUGACAGGCCUGUGAGAGGAAAUAUCUCCACUUCCGAACAGCUGCUGUGUUUAUUAUGAAAGUUCCUCUCAAGUAAAAUCUGUCUACACCCUUUUAGACACAGGUACUAUAAACAAUGAAUCACAGGGUGCAUUUGUGUCCAAAGUUUAAAUGAGUCCAGAGUUUUAAAAUAGCUGUGUGAAGAUGAUGAAAUAUCAGAAAGUAUCUGUGAAGUAACUAAAAGUUGACUUUAGAUCUUUGAAGAGUAAGAGUCAGACAUAAAUACAGUACAGUAAAUUUUGGCGUGACACAUUUAUUUUCAGCCACAAACAUGCCUUUACAUUUUGUUGUCCCGUGCAGUUUGCUCUUGUUUUGAGUUAAACUGUCAGCGUCUCCACUCCCAUCCCGAUAGAUCUGAAACCUGCCCACAUAUAAACAGUAUCUCACAGAUGAUUAAACUCAGACUUUCCCCUCCGUCUCUGCACCAGGAAGCUCCGCCCACAAACAGACGCUCCUGCUCGCUCGUAUCGUUCCAAUUAAAUUCAGAUAUAAUGCAGAUAUAAUUGUUCGAUCUUUUAAUUCUCAUCAUUCAUGUUGAUUUUUUUGAUUUGGUUCAGCUUUAAAAUUCAGAGCAUAUUCACCCACUUUUUUCUAGUGUCACAGUAGAAAAGCACAGUCUCUUUAUUGUGAACCCCCUUGUUAACAUUUGAUGGAAUAAAACUUUAAUAAUUUAUUUUUUCACACAUGCACAACUUCAGCCGGCUCUUUACUCAUCCCGCUGAAAUACCUGUCACACCUCCCGCUUCAUGCCAACACCCGAGGCUGUUUGGCAUGAAGGUGGACAAGUUGUCUCACGCAGCGUCUGUUCCUGCAGAUUAGUUUACUGUUCAAAACUAAAGCUUUGUGGUGCAAACUGUGUCAGGAUGCAGAGGGGGAGUAAUCACCAAAAUCAAAAAAGAUGAAUCAUAAUUACUUCUAUGUUUAUUUAACUGUUUUGUAUAAAAAUGAUGCAUAUUGAUCCUGCCUUUUCUCUCCAAUUUAUAAACAACGAUCGUAAAUCUAAUGUUUAAGGUUUUCCCAGGAUAUCUUUGCAUAAAAUUCUUCGUCUUUUCAUUUUGUGUUCUCUAGGUGGCGCUGUGGGAGGUGACCAUUCUGGGGUCAGAAGAAUCCACCAGCCUCAGGAGAGAAAGACGAAGGUGGUCCGACUGUCCGAGCUGAUCACCGUCCUCAGACUUCCCCCAAACGCUGAGGCCUGUCCCAUGGUGGGUCGGUCCCUCUGAGGGUUUGUUUGGUUCACAUUUAUCAGUAAAGGUUGACCACUCACUCAAAGCUUCUUUGUGUCCUCUUUGCAGGAGAACAUGUCUGCUUUCUGUGUGGAGACUCAGGACAGAACCAUGGUGUUCGCUGCACGCAAAGACGACUGUGUCGAGUGGGUCGAAAAACUCUGUCAAAGCACGUUUCAGGUGUGUGAACUGUUUGUAACUUCAUGAUUAUUAUUUCAGGCCAAAAAAAGCCAUGAAUAAAAGGGAUGCUGAGGUUAGUUAGUGGCCUGAGUAAAAGACAUUUGUGAAUAUUCAGCAGGCAGACUUUAGUUGGAUUGUGUGGCGUUGUUUGUAUGUUUAACCCUUUGUUCCUGUUGAUUUGAAGCUCCAUCUACUUUGUCCCCAAGACACAUAUGUAGAUAAGUGUUCAUAAAAUAAUAUUUUUUUAACAUUUUUUUUUCCUUUUUUUCAACUCAUAUCUCUUAACGAACUUCAGCCCUGACCAUAAAAAAAAUAAAAUAAAAUAAAAAAAUGUUACACCUUUUUUACACUAGUUAUUGUGCACCAUGUCUCACUGUUUUAAUGAUAAAAAACACAAAAUCACCAUAUUUCCCAUAUAAAAUGACCUAGUUUGAUUAAAUUUUAUUUUUUUAUUUUAUUAUUGUUUUUUUUUUUUAAUAAAUAGAGUCUGGGCCAUGUUAAUGAUUUCAGUGCAUUUAUUUUUUUAUUUUUGCAGUGCCAAUUUCCGUAUCUUAAGCUCCAUUCAGCCUACUUUUUCCAAAAACGGACAUGCAGUUUACUGUUCAUAAAAAUAAUCAUUUUUUAAACUUUUUAAACUUUUUUUAAACUUUUUUUUAACUCAUAUCUCUUAAAUAACUUCAGCCCUGAUUAUUAAAAAUUUAAUAAAUAAAAAAUUCAGUGUUACCUUCUUUUUAUGCUAGUUAGUGUGCACCAUGUCACUGCUCUUUUUAAUGGUAAAAAAACCCCAUGAAAUCACCAUAAUUCUCAUAUAAAAUUACCUAGACUAUUAUAUUUUUAUUAAUUUAAAAAAAAAUAAUUAUAGAGUUAUUUUUUGCGGUGCCAAUUUCCAUAUCUUAAACUCCGUCCAGCGUACUUCGUCCCCAAAACAGACAUGCAGAUAAAUUUUAAUUAAAUAAUAAUUUUUUUAUAUUUGAUCAACAUUGAGAACAGGUUUCUUUGCCCCUCUGUGGUUGAUUUAAAGCUCAUUUAGAUUUUAUUCUAUAUCUGUUGUGUUCCUGCAAACUACGUUCUUUAAUAAUGAUGUUUAAAUACUAGGAAGAGCACAGUUCAUCUUCAGGGUUCAAUGAUUGGAGAGGCUGACAGCUCAUCUCUUCAGUCAGAUGCAAAACAAGAGCAAACAGCCUCAACAGAGCUGUAUGGGGACGUUAGCUCUGAAAUAUCGUACAUGUCAUCGGUGAAACAAGCUUUAUUGAUCAGACUCCGAGAUGAUUCAGACAGCAGAAGGGAUUUAGAUUUUAUUUUUUCUUGUCUCUCUGUUUCCUCUCUUGCUCUUCUCUUAGAGAGGUGGUGUCUCUGGAUCAAACCAGUCUCACAUGGAGGAGAAUCAGAUCUAUGCUUCAGUAGGUGAAGGUAAACUAUUCCUUUUACUUUUCCUCCCUUAUAAUUAUUCUUGAUGUGUGUUUGGAUUAAAACCCCGGGGACAGGUCAUGAAGUCUGAACUGAUCAGCCUCAGGGAGCUAGAAAGAGCAGAGGAGUUAAUUCAAACACAAUCUGUAAGACAGCAGGUGAAGUUAUGAGCUUGAAAUGACGCUGUGUUGUUUUCCAUUAUCUCUGAUCAGGGUAAUCACCAUGAGAAUAAAGUUUCUGCAGGUUUGUUUUCGGUUUUCUCAGAUAUCUCUCACUGAUCCGAAAUGAUUUGAACCUGCUUCAGACUCAGAAAGACUCCUAACAGAUUAGCGUGACCAAACGGCCUCUUUUACCCAUACAUGUCCUCUUUUUUUGGGAGCUGUCCGGCCUCGUCUGGGGGAGUUUAUAAAAUCCUUCACGUCUGGUUUUUGUAUGGAAGUUUUGAGUUUGUGUUUCAUGGACUAACUGAUUUAGAAGCGUGUAAAAAGCCACUAGACCUGACCUGAAACUCUCUCAAAAUUAAGUACAUGUGACUCCGUGAGUCCACCCUUUGUAGUAGGGUCCUACUUUUGGGGGAUUCCGAAUAUGGUCACCCUAAAACAGAUUGUUCUGUACUUUUCAAAAGAAGGGUUGGUCUCCGAAGUGUUGACCCAAAGGUCUUAUAAAUCUGGCAGUAAAAACUACCUCGGCGUUAAAUAUCGGCCAUCCUGCUCUCUUAUGAUCAGCAUCAGCUGUGCGAAAACUGAUAUCAGUCGAACAAAUGACUUAAGAAAUAUUCUCUUCUCUCUUUACAGCGUCAGAGUUUUGGGUGGUGGUUCAGAGGACUGAUGCAGCGACCCGUUGUGGCCUGCAGGGGUCCUACUUUCUGCAGGUUGGGACAGAAGCGCUACUGCUGAAAGAAACCCAGAAGAAAAGUGUCGUUAGCGAGUGGCCCUAUGAGCUGCUGAGGCGGUACGGGAGAGAUAAGGUAAGACAACUGCUCUCAGCCAAGUUACAAAUAAAAACAUGAUAUUUAAAAAUAUUUUUUGUUGACUGAAGUUUUUUUUUCCUUUUUUGAAAUCCUAUCAGUCGUCAUUAACCAUUGAGACAGGAAGACGCUGUGAAUCUGGACCCGGUACUUUCACUUUUGAGACUCAACAGGCUGAGAAGAUUUUCUCUCUGGUUCAGAGCACCAUCAAACGAAAGACUUCGCCUGUGACUUUAGGCGUCCCAAACCAAGAAAGUGAGAAGAUUCGCCCCAGUUCCCCUCUUCCCAAACUACCUGAUCCGACCGACAUCGCUGUCAUUCUGGAGAAGAAGAUGACGACACUGGAGAGGAAACCCACCGCCUUAGAGGAGGGUUCUCAAGAAGAUCUGGGUGGUUCCUCUGAGCGUGUCUCUGCACAGCCAGCUCCCAUCACCCUCAUGCCUCUUCCAUUAAUCCCAUCAGACGACAGCAGCAGCUCUGCCGGUCAGGCUGGUGGACAAUCAGAGGCCGUAUACGCUGAUCCUGCGGACUGCAUCAAAUCUGUACCAAAGCCUCAUCCGGCCACGGCUUUGUACGUUGACCCUGCCUGCUUUCUCCCGCUCAAACCCCCCAGUUCAAGAGAAUCCACUAGUCCUGUUCCAAACCCCUCUGCGGCACAGCCCUGCUCCAACACCCAUCAUCCAGACCCAGUCUACUCAGAGGUAUACGACAAAAUCAGUCCUGUGCAUGAAAAACAAACUGUGAUCCAGAGCAAAGGGGAGGUUAAAGGUUGUGCAGGCAAUGAACCGAUUUAUGAUGAGCCCAUGUCCCAAAAAGAGGAAGUGGUUCUGAAGAAUGAGAUCAAAACAGACCCGUUUGCUCACCUUUACGCUCAAGUCAACAAGAAAACUCCUUCAUCCAGCCCUUCUUCAUCUACGACCGCCGCUCCCACCUGCUCAGCUUCCUCCUCCUCUGUUUCUGGCGGCACAACCUCGACAAAGAGUUUGGACCCCGAUCUGGAUGAUGUGAUCUAUGAAAACCUGGGCAUCAUUUAAAAGGUGGAUCAAAUCCAUGCGGGGUCUGAAAUAUCCCUCGUAAACUAUGAUUGCAAAAGAGCCUAACAAGCAGUUGUCCCGAGCGGAUGCAUUUUUACUUUUGAAAAUGUUUUGCAAGAAUCAUACUUGGUUUUCUCUUGCAAGAAUUUUUGCAGGAAAACAAGCAACAAAAAAAAAGUUUUAUUCAAUCUCAAUUAUUCUAUAGUAAAUAGAACCGAUGUGUUGGUCUUUGGCUUGUUGUUGGCCAUGAUGGUUUUGCAGAGUCA